CGCCCACUGCGCUGCCCGGGGCUGGCAGUGCCGCAGGUCCCGGCCCCGCUGCGGGUGGAUGCGAGCAGCCUCCCCUUCCCUCCCCCCGCGUCCUCCCGCCGCUCCCCCGCCCCAGGCAGCUCCUCCUCAUCCUCACCGUCCCCGCUCGCUCCGCUCCGCGCCGCUUCUCCCCGCGCCCUCGGGAGCCGCCGCCGGGAGCGCCGCGCAGCCGCCGGCAGCCCCGGGAGGAGGAGGCUGCGCGAUGGCCGAGGGGGAGAUCACCACGUUCAGCGCCCUGACGGAGAAGUUCGACCUGCCCGCGGGCAGCUACAAGAAGCCCAAGCUGCUGUACUGCAGCAACGGGGGGCACUUCCUGCGCAUCCUGCCCGACGGCACCGUGGAUGGCACCCGGGACCGCAGCGACGAGCACAUCCAGCUGCAGCUGAGUGCAGAGAGCGUGGGGGUGGUGCACAUCAGGAGCACCCAGUCGGGGCAGUACCUGGCCAUGGACCCCAACGGGCUGCUCUACGGCUCGCAGUUGCUGGGUGAGGAGUGUCUGUUCCUGGAAAGGCUGGAGGAGAACCAUUACAACACCUACGUCUCCAAAAUGCACGCGGACAAGAACUGGUUUGUGGGGCUGAAGAAGAACGGGAACAGCAAGCUGGGCCCGCGGACUCACUACGGCCAGAAGGCGAUCCUCUUCCUGCCCCUGCCCGUCUCUGCCGACUGACACCCACCCUGGAGCUCAGGGACAGCCCCAAACCCCAAACCCAGCUGCUGCUGCCUCCUGGAGCUCAGCAGAGCUCCCAGCUUUCGGUCAAGGCUUUGCCAAAUCUGCCAAAGCAGAGCCCUGUGCUCUGCACCAAGCUUUGCAGAGAUGAGGGGACGAGUCCUGGCACCCUCCUGAGGUCCAUGGGGCUCCAUCUCCCCCUGCCCUCAGCUCUGUGCCUGUGUGUGCCAUGACCCUCAGCUGUGUGUGCCACAACCCUCAGCUGUGCCCGUGUGUGCCAUGACCCUCAGCCAUGUGUGCCAUGUGUGCCAUGACCCUCAGCCAUGUGUGCCAUGACCCUCAGCCAUGUGUGCCAUGUCCUUCAGUCCUGUGUGCCAUGACCCUCAGCUGUGUGUGCCAUGUGUGCCAUGACCCUCAGCUGUGUGUGCCAUGUGUGCCAUGACCCUCAGCCAUGUGUGCCAUGUGUGCCAUGACCCCACUGCAGCUCCCAGGGCCCGCCCUGGGCAGGCACCCAGAGAUGUGCCCGAGGGUGACGCCAGUUCCCAGAGAAGCUCACACUUUGUGUCCCCAGGCACCCCAAGGCAAAGCCUCCCUGCUGCUGUGUGUUAAUGUAUUUGUCCAUCCAGGUGUGUAGCUUCUGCCAUGCCCUCGAGCAGUUCCAGAUUGCACCAUCAGUGCCAUUAUCCAGGGCCAGCCUGGUAAGUGCCAGCUGGGCAUGCUAAGCUGAGCUAGGCAAAGCUCCAGCCUCAGACCUUGGCGUCCCUCACAACACCAAUAGUGUGUAUUUCGUGCUAGUACCUGCCAUAUGUUAUUUGUAUUUAUUUAUUGAGUAAAUAUGUCUCUUCUACAA